GGCUCAUUCCUCUUCCAAUAAGCUUUUCAUGUUAUCGUUAAUGGAGAUAAUAGGGUUUUAACGACGGACAAAACAAUAUAUUAUCCAAAAAGAAACAAUUGAAAAUGUCGUCGCUAACGUUGAAACCAACGUUUCUCUUACAGUCUUAUGUUUCUUCGUCAUCUGUCAGUAAUCGAAGGCUUUGUUCUUUAAUUAGCUUCCAAUCGAAUUUUCGCAAACAAAAAUUCUGUUUGAGAGCUCAAAAUAACAACGAAAGUGACAGUAAAAAUGAUUCUAAAGCUCCCAAUGGCACUAUGCAAAAGAGCAGAAGGGAAAUUUUAUUGGAGUAUGUGCAAAAUGUACAACCAGAAUUCAUGGAGUUGUUUGUCAAAAGGGCACCGCAACAGGUAGUUGAGGCAAUGCGCCAAACAGUGACAAAUAUGAUUGGAACAUUACCUCCACAAUUUUUUGCCAUUACUGUAACCUCGGUCGCCGAAAAUCUUGCUCAGCUUAUGUAUAGUGUGUUGAUGACUGGAUAUAUGUUUAGGAAUGCUCAAUUUCGGUUAGAACUGCAACAAAGCCUGGAACAGGCUGCUCUUCCUGAAGCACAGGAGGAAAAGGAUUCACCAGAUUAUGCGUCGGGUACCCAGAAAAAGGUGACUGGAGAAGUCAUAAGGUGGAAUAAUGUUACAGGUCCUGAAACAAUAGACGCUUUGAAGUAUAUUGAGUUACUUGAAGCAGAAGUGGAGGAAUUGAAUCGUCAAAUGGAAAGGAAAUCUGGUAAUGGCUAUAAUGAGCUGCUGGAAUAUCUAAAGACACUUGAGCCCCAAAAUCUCAAGGAGCUAAGCAGUACGGCUGGAGAAGAUGUCGUGCUCGCCAUGAAUGCAUUCAUUAAGCGUCUGUUAGCUGUUUCAGAUCCUAGUCAAAUGAAGACUAGUGUAACGGAGACAAGUGCCCCAGAACUUGCCAAACUGCUUUAUUGGCUCAUGGUGGUUGGUUAUAGUAUACGGAAUAUUGAAGUCCGCUUUGAUAUGGAACGGGUACUAGGUACUCCUCCAAAGCUCGCUGAGCUGCCUCCCGGUGAAAAUAUUUAGGCACCUCUGAGAAGUGUCUAUAUAGCUAGCAUAUCAAUGUUGAAGCGACAUGCAUUUUCCAUGAGCUUUUGUUGGUGGAGGGGGGUCAAUAGUAAAAUGUUAUCGAACUUGUACGGCUAUCUGGGAGGACAAGCGGAAAUUGCUUUUAGUGCAUUUUCUGCAUUCACCUCCCAGCCCCACUCCCCCUAUUAUUCUCAGGUUGAGCGCGUCAUUUAAACGAUGAUACAAAGAUAACUGUACUAAAAAUUGAUACACAAUACAACUUAUGUGAGUUAUUCUGAUU